GUCGAAUUUCCCUUGCAUGCAACCACGCAAACCUUGUCUGCUUUGAGAGGCCCCGUCCCCUAUCUCCAGCAAGCCACCUUGCCACCUCAAUCUCCCUUGUCCCCCAGCCCUGGGCCUGGUUACACGCUGGCGCCCUGCCGUCACACGGCAGCCCAUGCGCCCAGCCUGUCGCGUCCCCUGCCCCAACAUGUGCUGUUGUCCCCCGGAGAUUGCAUGCUGCUGGGUGCUAGAGUGCUAAGUGCUAAGUGCUAAGUGCUAACCUCGCCAAUCGCCCCUGCAGGACAGCUUUGAAGACGCCCCAGACACAGUGCCAGAUACCUCCUCCAUCCGCUCCCUCACACGUCGAACUUCCCCAAUCCCAAAACCUCAGCCUCCCGAGCCCGAGUCAAGCCACAACAAGGACCAACCCCACGAGGAGCACGAGACCACGCCUGUUGCCGAGCUACAAGUAAACAACGCGGACGGUGCCAAGGACGACGACACCAAGGCCCAGUCUCACGACGACGACGACGACGCCGACACCACAACAAUAGACGAGGACAAUGACCAAUCUCUAGCACAACCGGGCAGGCCCUCCAUCUCGCCGAGCCAACGCUUGUCCCUGACAUCCAACGGCCAGCUCGCCGAAGUCAGCCUUGAUGACGAGGCCCCACAGCGAGACAAAGCACCGGAACCAGAAGUCGAGGACGUCAAGAUGAGUCCCAGCGAGAGUGAGCCCAAGAAGACCAUCUCCCUGAGCAGUAUCACAAGUGCCCUUCCGGCUAUGCCCUGGUCACCGGGCCCUCAAGAGUCACAAGCAAAGAAUCUCGACACCCCUCCAGCUACCGCCGCGGCGCCCACAUCCCCGGGCGUCCCUCCUGCCCAGCCACAGGCACAAGCUCCCGCACCACCUCCACCCCGGAAGCUCGCCAGCGCCUUCUCGUGGCUGUCUAGGAGCUCGUCCAAGGAUAUGACCAACUCCUCGCCGCCCUCUCUGUCUCCUAGGAGGAAUACUGCCAGCUCCGUGACGACACUGGCCAGCAACCCAGAGAUGAUGCUCAGUAAGCUGGAAGAGGAGGGCGGCGCCAACGGCAAUGUGCGGAAUAGUCUGAAGGACCGUUUCAAGGCAAUGCGUAUGAGGGAGGAGGCCGGCAUAACAAGCCUCCCCGACGACGGCGAUAAGACUGGCUUUGCCAGCCUGGUGAACAAGGGGCCAAAUGGGCUAGCAGCCACGCCCGCCACGGAGGAAAAGGACCCGACAUCUACGCAACCCCCGGCCUCGCCCAGGCCUGCGACUGCGAACCUCGCCCCAGGGACCGCCUCCGGGGCAGCAGCUGGGCCCUCCACGUUGUCGGACCAGCCAGUUGACUGGGACCUGUGGCAGUCUGUCGUCUAUGAGGGACCCGCGGCCGUUGCCAAGACGAGUGCCGAGGAGCUGAGCAGAGCUAUUGCGACUGGCAUCCCCAGCGCUAUCAGGGGCGUCAUAUGGCAGGUGCUGGCACAGAGCCAGAGCGAGGAACUGGAGGCCGUCUACCGGGAACUUGUGGCUAGGGGCACAGACAAGGAACACGAUCGGCACAGUAACGCCUCGCCGGGUGCUAGUAGCAACAGCAACAGCGUCAAAUCAUCAGCGUCGUCGACACAUUCCGCCGACUCUGGUGGUGCUGGUGUGAACGGCGCAUCGGCCAAGGACGAUGAGGCCUCUGCCAAGGAGAAGGCGGCUUCAGAGACCGAGCGGAAGAAGAAAAAGAUGGAAGACGCGGCCUCAAUCCAGAGGCUGGAGAAGACCAUCCGGAAGGAUGUGGGGGCUCGGACAGCGUAUUCCAAAUUUGCAUCUGCCCAGGGGCUUCAGGAAGGCCUCUUUGGCGUUUUGAAGGCGUAUGCGCUCUACGACGAAGAUGUCGGGUACGCCCAGGGCAUGAACUUCUUGAUCAUGCCCCUCCUCUUCAAUAUGUCCGAGGAAGAAUCCUUCUGCCUGUUGGUACGGUUGAUGAACCACUAUCACCUGCGGGACCUGUUUAUUCAGGAUAUGCCGGGCCUGCACAUGCAUCUGUAUCAGUUUGAGCGGCUACUCGAAGAUUACGAGCCCGCUCUGUAUUGCCACCUCAACCGACGGGGCAUCUCGCCACACCUCUAUGCCACCCAGUGGUUCCUCACGUUGUUCUCAUACCGAUUUCCACUGCAGCUGGUCCUCCGCAUUUACGAUCUGAUCCUCUCUGAGGGUCUCUCGGCUGUGCUGAAGUUCGGCAUCGUGUUGAUGCAAAAGAAUGCGCAGACGCUCCUUGGCAUGACCGACAUGUCCCAACUCACAUCCUACCUGAGGGAUCGACUGUUUGAUGUGUACAUCGAGUCAGCGCCAAGCGCCACCAGUAUCCUCGAGAAUGGCUUCUUUGGCAGUUCCACGUCGAGUAUGGACAAGGAGGUGUACCGUGCCGAUCAGCUGGUGCAUGACGCCUGCGAGGUUAAGAUCACGCCUGACAUCCUGAAGUUCUACAGGACGGAGUGGGAAGAGAAGACCAGAGCUGAAAAGGCGCAACAAGAGGAGCUCGAGACCCUUAGGUCCCAGAACGCGAGUUACGCCGCCAAGGUUCGCAAGCUAGAGACGCGGCUGCAGGCAGCGGAUCGCGAGCAAGCGGACCUGGCAACGGAGCUGGUGCACACCAAGGUCGAGAACGAGGAGCUCAAGGACCAGAACGAGUCACUGCAGGGCCAGGUCCGGGAGCUCAAGAUCGUGAUCGAGCGGCAGCCCAUCGACAUCGAGGAGCAGUGGAAGCUGGAGAGGGACGCGCUCAUCGAGCGGAACCAGCGGGUACACGAGGAGAACGAGAGGGUCGAGAAGGAGAUGGCCGAGUUGGAAGAGCAGCUGGUGCAGACCAAGAUGCAAUAUGCCGAGAUCAACUCACAGCACGAGACCCUCCAGAGGAAGUGGAACGACCUGAAGCGUACGUUCGCGUAAGCGCCUAUAUUGAGUGAAGUGAAGUGGGUGGGGAACAUGGGGACAGUCAUCCAUGCAUCUAGCCGGGCUGAGAGCCGGUGCUACAACUCGAGCGAGGGGGGCAAAUCGCGGUUGUAAUCUAUGUUAUCAUAUCAUCUACCCCCUACUACUACUACCACCACCAGAGCUACCAGUAGCCAAGUAGCAGCAGCAGCAUCCCUUUGAAAGGGAAGGGCCAGGGCAGACACGCAGGCAGACACGCAGGCGUCAACGGGAUUUCGAGGAGACAGCCCCAAUUUGGAGAAUUGAAAGCAAAAUGACAUACAUACAAACCAACACAAGUAAGUAUAGGCUGGGCGACGAUCACUUGUGUUGAGCCCAGAGGGCGUUUUACAACGGCAGCAAGCAGCGGCCAUGAGAAGGCGUAUGGGGGCGUCUUUUGGCAUUUAUGAGAGGCAUACAAAUAGCAUGAGUUACUUGGAAGACACGGAUGGUCAUUGGGAGGCGAAUUGGGCUGUUUGAUAGUGUCGGUCAGUUCAGGAUCAUCAAGUCAUAGCCAGCAACAAACAACCUCCUCGCCCGUCUCCACAUUUCCGCGAAAAGACGCUGUUGGUCGGUUGUCUACUUGUCUGUGCCAUGUGUCUGAUUCAGGAACGUCUUGUAUGUUGUGGAGGCGGGUGGGUGUUGUGGUGGCUUCAACGUCUGUCUGUCCUAGUCACUUCACCAGCGAGGUGUGGUAGAGGGGACAACGGAUUCGAGCGCGCGCCGUAGAAGCAAGAAGCAAAAAGAAGGGCACAACAGGGAGCCCCGGGGUUGGAACCCAGGCCUGGGUUCCUCGUUUCAGCAGGGCGGUCUUGAGCAAGACAGACUUCGAAUGCUGUCCCGGAAUGGAUGCUUGGGCCUAGAGUCCCCCAUGCUCCCACUACUCUGUCGAGGGGAAGUGAAGCCACAACGGCAACACCUUGACGGCGGCGGCCGUUCUUUCGCUCCAUUGUUUGAGAUCGUCAUGAAACGGCCUUGAGUUGGGCUGCCACAGCUUUGUGGCCCAAGUGGGAUGGAUAUACAAAGGGCAAGCCGGGCAGAGACUAGAUUCACAGGGUGCAGGUAUGAAGAUGAUGCACGAAGAUGCUGGCAGGAUGGACCGGAUGUUCA